AUGCGGAAUUCAACUAGCAGAUACCUCUUGGACGACCUUUACGAUGACCUUUUAAUUCCAGAGACUAGAAUUUCACCAAUUCCGACAAAUUCAAACAUGAUGCCAAUUACAAUUUCGGUUUUGAAUGGUGUAAAGAAUAGUAACUUGGUAUACUCGAGUAUUCGCAGAAUGAAAAACGGAUCAUUCACCUGGAGAAAUGAGGAAGGCAAAAUCAGUGCAAAUUCCUUUUCUCAGUCUAGAGCCAUAACCACUACAAAACCUCUCAUCGCACUUACCAACCACACUGGGAUAAGCCACUACCUCGAUAGGUUAUGUGACAACGUGGAGUCGUUGUUUCACAAAAAGGCGUUCAUUCACCAGUUCAAAGAUUUGAUUGAAGAGGAUGAGAUUCGCUUAAACAUGAUGAAGUUGAGGGAGACGUCAGACAUGUAUAAAGUGCAAGAUGAAUUGAUUAGUGCUCAGGUUCAGGAAGAAAUGGGCGUAAAUGAUGAAACUGAAACGCAACAAGAACAAUGA